UACACAUUUUAAUAAUUUAAAUUUAAAUUGCAAUUGUAACCAUAUUUUUGUUUCCUUCCUUAUUGCGCGCAUAACUAUUAAUUCUUGUCUGGCAAUGCCGCUGAAAGGUUUGCAGCCAGCUGAUUGGCAUUGACAGCUGCUUUUUUGGCGCCAAUUGCAAACUAUUUACAUAUCACAAAUGUCUCGCUUAUGUUUUGGUAGCGCAUUAGUUAUCGUUAUUACUUAGAAGAAAUAAUAACAAUAAUAAUAUUUAAUAGUGUAAUAAAAUAUCCUUUUCAACGUUGAAAUGGGAAUUGCCGGCCUUAUAAAGUUUCUUGGAAAGGCUUCAUCAGAUGUACACCUAAGUGAUAUACGAGGCAGCACCGUAGUUGUGGAUACGUAUUGUUGGUUGCACAAAGGUGCUUUCGGCUGUGCUGAGAAGUUGGCGAAAGGUGAAGAUACAGACCAAUAUAUGCGUUAUUGCAUGAAAUAUGUGGAUCUCUUGUUAUCGUAUGAUAUCAAACCGAUUUUGGUAUUCGAUGGCAGACAUUUGCCAGCAAAAGAACUGACAGAACGUCGUCGACGUGAAAGCCGCAAACAAUCACGCGAAUUGGCUGCAGCACUUUUGCGUGCUGGCGAUCGGAAAGGUGCAUUUUCACAUAUGCAACGAUGUGUAGAUGUCACACAUGAAAUGGCUUUACGUGUGAUACGUGAAUGUCGGCAACGAAAUAUCGAUUGUAUAGUCGCACCGUAUGAGGCAGAUGCACAAAUGGCUUGGUUAAAUAAGGUUGGUGUGGCGCAAUAUGUCAUAACCGAAGACUCGGAUUUAACGUUAUUUGGCGCAAGUAAAGUUAUAUUCAAGCUGGACUUGAAUGGCGAUGGUUUGCUAGUAGAUGCAGAUAAAUUCUAUUUGGCAAUGGGUUGUGAAAAGGAGAAAUAUUGUUUUGAGAAAUUUAGACGCAUGUGCAUACUGUCAGGUUGUGAUUAUUUGGAUUCGCUGCCUGGCAUUGGAUUGAUGAAGGCAUGUAAAUUUAUGCUUAUGACUGAAGAAGAGGACAUGUGGAAGGCAUUACGAAAACUACCUGCAUAUUUAAAAAUGAAAAAAUUAGAGGUGGAUGACGAAUACAUAGAACAGUUCCAUAAAGCAGAGGCUACAUUUAGGCAUAUGUAUAUCUAUAAUCCAUUGGAACGGCGUAUGGAACGUUUGAAUGGACUCAAUGAAUUUAGUACAGACGAACGCUACUGCUCCAACGCAGGUACUAUAAUUGAUGAUCAAGAAUGCGCUUUGCAACUUGCGCUUGGAAACCUAAAUCCAUUCACAUUUAAACAGUUAGACAACUGGCAUCCGGAUAGAAAUCACGGAUUUGCACAGGCAACGAAUAAUAAAAUCAAACGCGCCAAACAUAAAAGCAUUUGGCAAGACAAUUAUCAACAACAUGCCAGAGUUCUUAUUACGAAGGACGAGGUGAAGGACGACAAAUGUGCUUUGGAUUUUAAAAAGGUGGAUUUUGCAAGUAAAUUCAUUGACGAAGAAAUUACGGAAAAUGCGCGUGUGGAACACGCCAAGCCUGAAGAAGCUGAAAUUUUUUCUAUGUACCGCUAUAAGGCUGCACAGCUAAUAGAGCCAAGUGCCAAGCGUCGGCGUUGUAGUAGUGAUGAAAGCGAUAAUGAAGCUACAGUUGAUUGUGUUAAAACUGAAAAUGUGGCUACAGCACACAAUAAUCAUAAUCCUUUUGCCAAAUUACAAUGUACAGAAGUGACGAAAAGUACAAAAACAACAACCGUUUGUGAAAACUCAUCGCUGUUGAAAAUACUCAGUCCUAAGAAAGCGCGUACUGAAACUAAUAUAAGAAAAAUGAUACCAUUAAAUAGCCCUAAGAGUCCGUUAGAUAGAUUGCAAGAAACAGCUAUAGUUAAAAGCCGAUUUUUCACCAAUAAUGUCAACGAAGUGAGCAGAAUCAAGAAAUGCGUAAGCAGAGAUUUAUCAGCUGAAAUAAAUGCAAUAGAAAAGCAAUCGUGCCAAAAAGAGGAAACGCUAGCAUUGCUUUAUGACUCACCAUCACCUAAGAAAAAAAUAUUGGCAGAAUUUAGCGCUGCCAUUAAAAGUGAGCAUACUUUAAAAAUUACCAAAACAGUACAAGAAACAAGUGAUAGCGCGGAGGUGUUAGUAGACCCAACGAGUUCCUCAAAAUUUAAUAAUAGUUUAAGUGUAGUUGAUAUUGUAGACGAUAAAAGUAGUAAUAGUAUAGAUAAUGCAAUAACGAUAUCAGAUAAUGAUGAUGAUGAUAAUGAUAAUAGCAGUAACGAAAAUACUAGUCAAACGAACAACACACCCAACAACUCGUUAAACUUUUUUAAAUCGCAGGAGAAACAACGCUUUGGUUUAACGCGUACAAAAACGAAAUCAGCAUUAAAAACACAAAAGACAAAUGGAAAAUCAAAAUCAAAUGCCACAACAAACGCUCAAACGCGUUUAACUAUGUUUGGUUUCCAAAAACGACCCAGUUUGAAAUAGCAAUUUCAGCAUGUUUAAUUGUUGGUAUGUACGUUUGUUAUGUAUCAACAUUUUCUACUAUUUAUGUACUAUUUGUUUACGGUAUUAUAAAUUAUUUACACAACAAAGUUCUUAUGUGCAGCUAGCCGAAUUUAAUUCACGUAUAUUUAUAAGCUAGAAAAUUUUGUUAGUGGUUUAUUAUCAAUCAUAAUUUUUGUCAAAUCGCUAGGUAAAUAAAAGUCAAAAAAUGUAUGAAAAUUAACACGAUAAACAUGUUUUUUUGUUAUGGUAUACUCUUUGCUGUGUCUUCACUUUGGAUACCGUUUUGUGCUUUUAGGUGUCGCAUAAUGCAGAAUUAUUAAAUAAUUAUUUACAAAUCCAGAAAUAGGUGCUACUGUCUUAAAUGUUAGAUUAGAUAAGAUUUCUUUGAAAGAGCGAAGUGUCACAAUAAUAAUGAACGUUACAUUUUAAGUUAGUAUCACAUCUUGACACACAUACGCACAUAGCUGGACGAAAAUAUUUUCUUUGAAAAUAACUAAAAAAGUAUUAGAAAAAGUUAAGUACAAAUACAUAUAUUAAGUACAAAUGAGAAAUUGAGCAUGCUGUCUAUAUACUUUUAGUAAAUUCUCAUUUGACAACUGAAAACUUAUGUAUUUAAUUACCUAAUUGCCCAGCUAUUGUAGUUGAUAAUUUAUUGACGAGAGAGUAAUAAGCGCUAAAAAAGUCAUUUGGUAGUGGCGUACAGUGACGAGAAAUAUUAUUGAAGAUGCGCACUUUACUUAUGUAUGACUUUCAUUAUAAUUGUCUUUAUAAGACUAUUUAUCAGUAGCGUAGCACUUGUAAGUGCGUCGAACUUCUAGGCUGGUUAUAACAUAUAUGCAUACAGAUACAAAUAAUUAUUAUCUCCGUCUCUGGGUAAAUUUACGCGAGACGCGAAUUCAAAUACAUACAUAUAUGUAUGUAUGUCUAUAUACAUAUGUAUAUAUGAGUAAAUAGAAAUGAUAAGUAAUCGGUCACGUUCGAUUGCCAGCUAUAAUUGUGUGAAUGCAAUGAAAAAAGUUAUAUCCCAACAAAAAAUUAACCAUCAAUGAAGGUACACACAUAUGUAUUGAGUAUACGUAUGUAUAUCUGAAAAUAAGUAUGUCAUGUAAAGUUGCGUAAAAAGGUACUGUAUA